AAGUCCACGUCAAUUUCCUAUACCUUCCCCCAAGAUUGCCAUUCUCUUCCUCCAUUGCCAAAUUCUUCCCUUAACUCUCUUCUUAUCAUCACCUCUCUUCUCUCCAACAAGAAGUACUCCAUCCAAAGAAAGGAAUUGAUUACCAUGGAUAUGGAGCAAGAAGACAUGCAAUUUCUUGGCUUCUUUGGUAUCUGCAGAGAAGCCUUCAAGAUCAUCAAUUCAUGGAGGAAAAUCUUUAGCCAGAUCACCUUUGCCUUAGUCCUCCCUCUAUCUUUAAUCUUCUUGGCUCAAAUGGAAGUCUCCAAGCUCCUCUCCUCAAAGAUCACACACAACAAGAUACUUUUGGAGGAAACCAAAGCAGGCACUCCUAGAUACCAAAGGCUCUCAGAUGUCCUCAUGUCCGAAGCGAUCACUUUAGGCCUCUUCAAAGUCGCCUACCUCAUCUUCUCCCUCAUCUUCUCUCUCCUCUCUACCUCCGGCGUUGUUUACACCAUCGCUUGCAUCUACACCGGCCGUGAAGUAAAGUUCAAGAAGGUCAUGAGCGUUGUCCCUAAGGUUUGGAAACGGCUUAUGCUCACCUUCCUAUGUAAUUCCGUUGCCCACUUUGCAUACAACAUAGUGGCUGCUUUGAUCUUUGUUGUGUGCGCAAGUUUCCUCUUUUUAAUCCACAACAAUAACUUUUUGGCUCUACUUUAUGUUCUUUUGAUAUUCUACUUGGUGGGUUUGGUAUACAUGGCCAUUGUUUGGCAAUUAGCCAACGUUGUGACCGUGUUGGAAGACACAAGCGGGUUUCAUGCUCUGAGAAAGAGCAGGGCACUGCUAAAGGGCAACAUGUGGGUGGCCACGUUUAUAUUAUUGCUGCUCGGUCUCUGUCAUUUUGCCAUACAAACGUCAUUUCAGAUGCUUGUUGUGCGUGGUGGAUCAUUGGGCGUGGCGAGCAGGUUUGCCUAUGGGAUUAUCUGUUUGGUGUUACUUUUCAUGUUGCUCCUGUUCGGGCUUGUCCUUCGGACAGUGAUCUACUUCGUCUGCAAAUCCUACCACCAUGAAAACAUCGACAAGUCGGCCCUCUCAGAUCACCUUGGAGGCUAUUAUAUUGGAGAAUAUGUUCCUUUGAAGGCCAAGCUGGAUGCUCAGCUGGUGCCUUGAACAUCUCUAUGUUUGAUUGGCUUGCUAUAUAUAUAUAUAUAUAUAUAUAUGAAUUAAUGGGAGAAAAGUAUUUUCUCGUUUAAUUUGUAAUAUAUAGCAGUUUGUUUCAUUAUAAUAUGAUCAGUAGUACUGUCUUUCUCUAUAUACGUACGUUUUGCAAAGUAUAAUGAAUGUUAAUGUUGCUUAAUCUAUUUACAACUGUUUGUAA